GCGUUGGUUGCUGUUGCUCCGUUCCGUUCCGUUCCGUCUCUGUCUAUCUCCGUCUCUCUCUCGCGCUAGUCCGAUCCUGGGCAGCAUUUGGCAUCGUCGAGCGUUUGGCAUCGUCGGACACGCCCACAAAUGUCGGGAAACGACCAUGGGGCAGGGGGCAGGAUAAACACAACGGCCGCAAUGCUGGCGCACAUGGCACCCUGUCGGGACACCACGCCGGAGCAGCUGGCCCAGCUCAUCGACGUUCACCUUGGCGAGCUGCGCGAGGAGGAGCCCAACUGGACGCUGGCCGUCUCGAAGGUGGCCGGUCGCGGGGUCUUUGCCACCCGGGACAUUGCAGCAGGAGAGCUGAUCUUCCGUGAGCGCGCUCUGGUGGUGGGCCCUACGGCGCGCAAGGGCCAGCUGAGCACAUGUGUGUGCUGCCACCGGUUGCUGCCGACGCAGGGCUUUCUCUGCAAGCAGCGCUGCACGCUGCCCGUGUGCGAAGCUUGCUCUGGAUCUGCGGCGCAUCGUGCGGAAUGCGAGCACUUCCGCCGCUGGCAGCCAAAGGACGCAGACGCUGAGGAGGAGCAGGUGAACCCGCUGUCGCUGCGCAUCCUCACCGCCGUGCGUGUCUUCCAUCUGGGCAAGGAGCAGCGCCACCUGGUGGACGCCAUGCAGGCAAACGCGGAGCGGGGUUUCCGCCAGGAGAUCAUCAAGGCGGCGCAAUGCUUUCGCAACUUUCCCACCACAGACAAACCCUUCAUGGAUCAGCUGUUCCGCAUUGUCGGCGUGCUCAACACGAACGCCUUUGAGGCGCCCUGCCGCACCGACGGCCGCGAGACGCUGCUGCGUGGCCUCUUCCCGCUGACGGCGAUCAUGAACCACGAGUGCACCCCCAAUGCCAGUCACUACUUUGACAACGGUCGUCUGGCCAUCGUGCGUGCUGCCAGAGACAUACCCAAGGGCGGGGAGAUAACCACAACCUACACCAAGAUCCUCUGGGGCAAUCUCACGCGCGGCAUUUUCCUCAAGAUGACGAAGCACUUCAUGUGUGACUGUACCAGGUGCAACGACAAUACUGAGAAUGGAACGUAUUUGUCGGCGCUGUUCUGCCGGGAGCAGGGCUGUCGUGGCUUGGUGAUUCCCGUGCAGACACGAACACUGCAGCCCGACUGGCGCUGCCUCACCUGCGAGAAUGUCUUUCCCCAUGCCAAGAUGGCCCGGUAUCAGGACUUUGCCCUGAACACCAUCAACAAUCGCAUCAACUCGUGCAGCGUGCCCGACAUGAUACACUUCAUCAACGAUCUGUGUCCGCGCUUCUGUCCGCCCUCGAACUACGUGCUCAUCGAGGCGAAGCUCAAUGUGAUUUGGCGCAUGACACGCUUCGACACGGACCAGUACACACCCGAGGAGGUGGCACACAAGGAUCGCUAUCGCGAGGACAUUCUGGCCAUCAUACACAAGCUCGGAGCGGGCGAGUGCACACUCAAGAAGCUCAUCACCGAGGAGAUACAAUGAAGGAGAUGCUCCACUCCCACUUGUGUGAUUGUGUGAUUGUGUUUGGCUGUACAAAUUGUUGCUAGUACUUUUAUUUUGUAAUCACUUAAGGAACACCAAUAAACGGAAGGAUACGUGGAUCCC